AUGGAUCACCACAACGGAGACGGAGCCCACGAUGGGGCUCCUGGGCGCUCAACCCCCCGCUCGCCUGCCCGCACGAAUACCACAUACCCUCCAACGGAUACCGGCAGACACAGGAGUAUAGAAGGAGAUGGUGGAGCAGAUGGAUCGAACAAUUUAUCAAGUGCUGCAUCCAAGCGCAAGAGACUCCAGGAGAGGCACCAGGCCCUCCGAAAACGGGGCCGAACUCCGCCGUCAGUAUUCUCGCGACGUAAUCGCUCCCGUAGCCCAGGUGGCGCCCAACCACGCGAAGACCGACGUUCUCGAUCGCCACUACAGCCGCGCCGCUCUCCUUCGCCCGAUGCACCACGUCAACGCAAGAGACCUGGAGGCGGAGCGCGACAGGGGCUCCUAGACCGUGAAACACUACGACGCAAGCAGGAGGAGCGUGAACGUGCAGAGCAGGAUGAGGCUAUGCGCAACUCUCAACAGCGCGGCGUCUCGGACGUGGUCCGACAACACUACAAUGCGGUUCCCGAGAGAGGCCGUGAGUGGCGGAAGACAGAGAGCAAAAUCAAGGGGCUACGAAGUUUCAACAACUGGGUGAAGAGUACUCUGAUUCAGAAGUUCUCUCCCGAUGAGAACUUUGUUGCGCGAUUCGAGGAUAGCAAGGACUGGGCGGACGACAGCCAAGGGCCGCCGCCCCCCGCUGAUCAAAAGCUUCUCGUACUGGAUCUGGGCUGUGGUAAGGGUGGCGAUCUAGGCAAAUGGCAGCUGGCGCCCCAGCCGGUUGACCUAUAUGUCGGCCUUGACCCUGCCAACAUCUCGAUUGAGCAGGCACGGGGUCGGUACGAUCAAAUGCGCACAGGCCGCGGCCAGCGAGGCCGUCGACCACCCCAGCCGAUUUUCCAUGCCGAGUUCUAUCCGAAAGACUGCUUUGGCGAGUGGCUGGGCAAUAUCGACAUCAUCCAGCGUGUUGGUAUCGAUGCCAAUGCCGGCCCCGGUGGAUCGAUCAUGGCCUCUCGCUACGGAGGUGGCGGCUUUGACAUCGUCACAUGUAUGUUUGCCAUUCACUAUGCCUUUGAGACCGAGGAGAAAACGCGCCAAAUGCUCAGCAAUGUCGCGGGCUCCUUGAAGAAAGGCGGUCGCUUCAUUGGUGUCUGCCCCAACUCAGACGUGAUUAGCAGCCGCGUGUCUGCCUUCCAUAAGGAGCGCAAGGAGCGCGAGGCUGCCAAACCUGCUGAGCCGGAAGGCCCCGAGGAUGGCGAAGUCGAGGAGGAUGAGCGGGCCCAGUGGGGCAACGAUAUCUACCGUGUUCAGUUCCCUGGUCCAACCCCCGAGGAUGGAAUAUUCCGACCGCCUUUUGGGUGGAAGUACAGUUACUUCAUGAAGGAAGCAGUGGAAGAGGUUCCCGAAUACGUCGUUCCAUGGGAAGCUUUCCGAGCCCUGACCGAAGAUUACAACCUGGAGCUACAAUACCGCAAGCCAUUUUUGGAUAUCUGGGAGGAUGAGAAGAACCACCCUGAGCUGGGCCCUCUCAGUGAGCGGAUGGGCGUAAGAGACCGCGUGACUGGUGCUUUGAAUAUGACAGAGGAAGAGAAGGAGGCAGUCAGCUUCUACCAUGCAUACUGCUUCUACAAGGUAUAG